AUGGACGGGCCAGCUUGUCCACAAGGGCUUCCCCCCGGAGUGGGGUUGGGGAUCGAAAAAACAGAGUGGUGGGCGGCUACAUCUGCGGCGGCGGCGCAGCCGUGGGCCCAUGGAUUUCUGUUGCCGGUGGGCGGCGGUGCGGCGGUGCAUCGUGUGUGCUCAACGCCUCCGGCGCAGCUACAUCUGAAAAUCGAAUCUGCGGCCCUGGGCAGCAUUUUAGAGCUGGCGAAGCCAUGACGAUGGACAGGCUGCCUAUCUUCCUGGAUGAAGCCUGCAGCGCGGCGGCGCUGAUGGAGUUGGUUGGCGCGGCAGGCCGCGGGGAGGCAGAGUCCGGCAAUGGAUCUCGCGGGGCGGUCGUGUGUGGAUUUGGGGGCAGUUCUAGGGUUCAGGCUGCGACCAUGUGCUACGAGGUGAGCAAGUGUUGCCGCUGGUGGAGGCGCCGUAUCCUGAUUCAGCGAGAGCGAGGGCGACAAAGAUGAAGCCAUUGAACAUGGAUUCACUGUGCCACCUAUUGAUGUGGACCGGGAGGCUAUGAUUCAAGAUCGAACAGAGAGUCAGAGAGUGUUGAUGGAGGCUCUGCCCAAUCUACUGGCAAGGUUGCUCCCCAAAGCACCUGGUUAGACCAAGAGGGGAAACCUAUAAAAGUGAACAACAGGUUGUGCCGUUGUGAGUGUCUAGCAAUGAUCCGCCUGGAUGCCCAAUGCACAUGUUUGUGAGGCACUACAUGAGGUUGCAAUUUUCUAGAGAUUCAAAAGAAAGCUAUGAAGAGAAGAGGACAAGAACAAGUGGUGUUGUGCACAUGAGCAAGAUUUACACGAGGGUAAUGUUCGACCAGUUCGGCGAGAUGGUGUACAAGGCCAACACAUACAACAUUGAAGAGGUUGAGAAGCUGAAGCUGUACAAAGCGGUGUACACUCAAGCAGAGAGACGGUAGAAAUGGGCCAAGGGUGUAUAUGAUGAAAAGAUCCUGAACGAUGGGGACAAGUUCUAGUGUGAGUGUGGGCUGUUCGAGCAUACGGGGAUGCCGUGCCACCACAUGUUGAAGGUCAUGGACAUUUUUGGUUAUACGGAGAUACCCCAACAAUUGAUCGUGAAGAGGUGGACAAGGGACGCGAAGGAUAUACUUCCAGCAAACCUGCAAAUAUACCAACAAGAUCAUGCUGGUAGCAGGACAAUGACACAUCGCCACACGGUGCUCUAUUGUCAUGCAAUGGAGCUAGUCCGUCUCGGUGAUGCAUGCGUCGAGUCUUACCAGAGAGGAAUGCAGAUAAUUAGGGACGAGAUUGCUUCACUGUCUGAAUUUGAGGACAAGAGAGACGGUUUAGGUUUGGAAGACCACCCCACAAUUACUCCGUCUGCAAUUCCUGACCCGCAAAAAGAAAUGAGAGAGGUUGCUUGCGCAGAGCAAGGAGCACAAGUUGAAACUUUGGCUGGUUUGGGUGCACCCGAAAAGAAGAGGACCGCAGGGCGGCCAACAAAUAGUCAUGAAAAGGCACCAUUAGAGGGGUUGAGUAAGCAAACGCGGUUUUGCAGCAUUUGCAAUGGGAAAGGCCAUAAGAAGACGACCUGCCCAGACGGUGAUUUGCCGAAGCAACCAAGGAAGGAAGUGAAGUGUAGCAACUGUGAUGUGGCUGGUCACAAGAGAAUACCUGCACCAACCCUAAGGGUGUCAAGCUGUAAACAGCGCCUGCAACCAACAGCUAGAGGCGCGAGUCCUAGUACCAACAAGAGUGAGAGUGGAGUUGUGAAUUGGUCGAGAGCGCCCUCCAUCAGCUGGCCAUGCUCAGGUGUGACCUCAGUCUUGGUGUGGAAGACUGACAGCGAUGCUUUCUAUCAGGCCCAAGGAACUCCGCCCGCUCCUGCAGAAGAAGAAGCUGUACACCUUUGUUGGCUUCUGCAUUGGAGGCGACAAGACGAAGCUUAAGUUGUCUGGUUUGGAGAUCAACCCGACAAGUACGUCGACUUGCAGCGCAAAUGGAGAGUUCCAAACAAUGGAAAGAAGUGGCAGUCUUUGGCUGAGUUUGCAGCCAGCCUCAUCCACCCAUCCUACAAGGAAAUGAAGCAGAAGAUCGACAGGAAUUCGGACCACCUACUAUGGGGGGACAGCCCACUGCCAAACAAGCUCAUCGAGUACGUCGCGAAAGAUGCGUACGUCACCUACGAGGCAUGUAAGAAAAUCGAAAUCACCAAAACGGGUUUGGAGCUCUGGCAAGAGGCG